AUGGGUCCCGAAUGUACGGGAGAUUCCGGAGGCGCCGGAGUGAAGGAUGACUCCGGCAGCGCCGGACAGGCGGGAGGCUCCGGCAGCGCCGAACAGGCGGGAGGCUCCGGCAGCGCCGAACAGAAGAUACAGUUUGUACAGGGCUCUGGAGACGCACUGGUAGCUUACCAAACAAAAUAUGAAGAUGUUCAAUACUGUUUUCAAGAUGGAAACUCUUCUUGCAGAAAGGCUUUGCUAUCGACAUCUAUCUACAUAACACUGUACAUCUUCUUCUCAUUGAUUUCAGCAGUUACAGUAUUUUUGAACGUACUGGUGAUCGUCUCCAUCUCUCACUUCAAGCAGCUCCACACUCCAACCAACCUGCUCAUCGUAUCUCUGGCAGUGUCAGAUCUGCUGGUGGGACUGAUUGUGAUACCAGUAACGACGGUAGCGAUAAUGGAACCAUGCUGGGGUUUUGGGGAAUAUUUCUGUGUGUUUUAUUUCUACAUCACUUGUUUAUGUGCAUCUUUAUCUCUGGGCAAUUUGGUCUUGAUAUCUAUUGACCGCUAUGUUGCUGUGUGUGAUCCCUUAUUAUACCACUCUAAAAUAACAAUAACAAGAAUUAUGUGUUGCUUAUCCAUUACCUGGUGUUUUUGUACCAUAUACAAUGCUGCUAUUAUAAACAUUUUUGUAAAUGUACAGAUACCAAAUUUGUUUGAGUAA